AUGUUUAUAGAAGCAAAACGGUUCACGAUAGAACAAAAGGAAAUGGUCGACAGAAUAAAAUUAUUUCUAGGAGAUGGGUCUCUUCAAUACAUGAUUUCUGUCUUUUCGCAUUGUAGCCGUAAGCAGACCGAAGAUCCUGAAUAUUUUAGAAAGUUUUCUUGGAAUCCAGAAAUGAAGGCUUUCGUCAAUUCCAUGGGUAAUCGGUGGGCUAUUUCUCCGAAUCCAGAAAAUUACCCUCCUAAUAAUCCUGUACGUAAACAACGUCUUGGAGAUUUACAAAAUCAUAUCGUCUCUAUAGAUGGAAAGUAUACGAAUGAACUAUUCGAAAAGGUCCAGAAAGAACAGGAAGAAAAUGAAAGAAAAACGAGAGAAGAGGAAGUGAAGCGACAAAAAGAAUACGAUGAAAAUAAAAGGAGAGAAGGCAAAGCCAUUGCAAGGAAGAUUUAUGAUAAGAAUAGAGCAGAAGACGAGAGAAAAGCAGAAGAAAGACGAAUAAUGGAAAUUAAAUAUAUUAAGGAUGCUUUACUUAGACAAAUAAAUAUAUUAG